AUGGCCGAAUCAUCCUUCAAGCAGAAGACGAUGAAGAGGAAGAAUGUAAAGGGACUCGCACUCAGCGCUCCACCGCCAAAGCCGGCGCCCUCCGCGGGAGACGCCCAAAUACCCGGCGCCCGCGCCAACGACGAGAGACAGGACACGCUGGAGAUUGGCGUCGAAUUCCAACUGGAUCUCAAGGCAGAAGACCUGAUAGUAUUGCGGGAAUUGGGGUCAGGUAAUGGAGGAACAGUGAGCAAGGUGCAGCACGCUGCUACCAAGGUCAUCAUGGCGAGGAAGGUUAUACACGUCGAAGCAAAGAACGAAGUAAGGAAACGAAUUGUGCGAGAACUGCGCAUCAUGCACGACUGCAACUCGGACUACAUUGUAGACUUUUACGGCGCUUUUCAAAAUUCGUCCGGGGACGUGAUAAUGUGCAUGGAGUACAUGGAUGUGGGUUCCCUUGACUGGGUUUCUCGAACAUUUGGACCCGUCCGCGUGGACGUACUUGGAAAGAUCUCAGAAGCCGUCCUCGGCGGCCUUGCCUACCUUUACAGCGCUCACCGCAUCAUGCACCGCGAUCUCAAGCCUUCGAACAUCCUCGUAAACUCAAAGGGAAACAUCAAGCUGUGCGAUUUCGGUGUCUCCAGUGAGCUAGAGGGGUCUAUUGCCGAGACCUUUGUGGGUACAGGUACAUACAUGGCGCCGGAGCGGAUACAAGGAUCUCCAUAUACCGUUAAAUCGGAUGUAUGGAGUGUGGGUCUCACAUUGAUGGAGCUGGCCAUCGGAAAGUUCCCCUUUGCGGGGAGCGGAGAUGACGACGAGGCGGGCGGUCCCCAGGGUAUUCUCGAUCUCCUCCAGCAGAUUGUUCUGGAGCCUUCACCAAAGCUACCCAAGAGCGACGCCUUCCCAUCGAUCUUGGAGGAUAUGAUUGCAAAGUGUCUGAUGAAGGACCCUGCGGAGCGACCAACUCCCAAGGAACUAUACGAGCACGACGCCUUCCUCCAAGCCGCCAAACGCACUCCCGUCGACCUCGAAGCAUGGGCCAUAUCCAUGAUCGAACACAACAAGCGCAAAUCCCACCUCGCCCCUGCCGCACCCGCCGCUACCAUCAAAGAGAAGCUCCGCGAGCGAUCACCCCCCUCCAAGCGUGAUUCAAACGACCCCAGACAAAGAGUCGCGAAUGGCGAUUCGGAUGCCGCUCCCCGCCGUCCUUCACAAUCCUCCCGCACAAACAGUACUUCUAGCGUCAACGUCAUGAAUCUACCUAUGCGGCCGGCACCGCCUGUCGAUGGCCCUGGCUCAAGACCCGGCUCAAGAGGUCCCGCGGCAAAUGGACUGCCCGCGCAGCCCAGGAGGUGGAAUAACGAAGUGCAAUAA